AUGCCCCGUCAAAUCGUGACGGCACAAGAGGCCAUGUAUCUCAAGAGUGCGAUAGACGAGUUGGGGGAGCAGGUGUCAGCCUUGAUGGCUGACCUUAAUGGCCGCGGGCCGGUCCCGCAGUGGAAGGCUGCCUAUUGGCAGGUCCAUGAGCAGCUCCGCGUAGUUGGGCACAACGUCUAUGGCUUUGUGCCCACGGCGAGUGGGGCGCAGGAGAUGCGCACAUCUUUUGAGCGGCUCACUGAGUGGAUGACCAGGAUGGGUUCCUCCGCACAGUGCUAA